GCGUUGUGUCGAUGCGUACAGAGAUAUUAGUGUGUGUGGUGCUUAACAAACGCGUACAACGAAUGCGAGCCUAGAUUAAAAAAAAUAAAACUGACACUUCGAUUGGCUGCGUUCAAGGACGUUGUAAUUAGGAUUUUUGACGGCGAUUAGUGGCUGAUAAGAUAAAGUUAUAAAAAUUAAAGAAUUCUACGUGGCGUAGGUACGCGUGUGAUUUGCUUAAUAUUUUAAAAGUGCUAAGGUUUUGUGCGUCGUGAGCUCGGAUUUGUGUUUUUGAGGUCAUCUGGUGUUAAUUGAUCACCGCCACCCACAAUCUCUUACAACACCAGAGGAAUCACAGGAGCGUUGUAAGACUUGGAAACUCCGAGCAUAGCCCUCUCCAUUGCCCUCUGAGCGACCAUGAGCUUUCUCAUAAGGCCCAUAGUUAGCGACCACGUCUGCGUACCGUAAGUCAUCACUGGCAACACACACUGGUUGAAAAUCGUCGUCUUCAUAUACUGUGGUAUUUGGAACGAGAAGAUAUUACGGAGCUUCCCGAACGCUGCUCCUCCGAGUUGGAUUCCACGAGUGACCUCUUACGCGAGAUGGGACCUGCCGAACUGGAUUGUUUGUCCGAGUUUUAGAGAUUGGCGAUUAAGAUGCUGGAAAUGAAGAUGGUGAAAGAGUCGUUGAAAUUUUGGAUGGUAAAUAAACCCCCAAAAAUGCAAUAUCACGCGCGGAUGUGGGCAACACGGUGACUACAUUAGCUACCAAGAGAUGGCGCUGUUAACAAACCCCUCAGCGAGCGGGCCCACCACAACGCCCGCCCCACAAGCUCAUCACUCCACGACGCCUCUUCAUCACUAUUUCCAUUACUUGAAGCAGCCUUCGCCACUGGCUCAGAAUCCUUAUGCUCAUCAUUCAAGUGCUCAUCACAUGGGAAUGGGUCCUGGUCCGUUGGGAGGGCUCGGGCCGUUUGGACUGACUCAUCAUGGAUUAGAGGCGGUUGGAUUUCCCCAAGGUGUAAAUCCACGUAAGCAGAGACGGGAGCGUACUACAUUCACCAGAGCUCAGCUAGAUGUGCUAGAAGCCUUGUUUGGGAAGACAAGAUAUCCUGACAUCUUCAUGAGGGAAGAGGUAGCACUAAAGAUCAACCUGCCGGAAUCCAGAGUUCAGGUUUGGUUCAAGAACCGCCGAGCAAAAUGCCGACAGCAGCUGCAACAGCAGACAAACACCCAGAUAUCCAGUAAAACAACCAGUUCCAAAUCCAUAUCCAGCAGCUCAAUCAAGAGCACUUCCUCCAAAGUCGCCACAUCAAAAUCCAAUUCAACCGCAAGCUCUUCAACUCACACUUCCAGCAUCACAACCUCAUCCCCAAAUCUGCCAAUCACACCAACCACUUCAGUCAGUCCUCCAAUCAACGUCAUCUGUAAGAAAGAAGCUCCCCCUUCGAACUACGAAUCAUCCCCUAUCAACAAGAACCUCUCCAUAACCCAUCAUUACUCAAACGAUGUCAGAAUGAGCAAGGAUUCAUCGCCUUCAGAAAAUCUUGUGCAUUCAUACGGGGUUACCCCUAAGCAGGAGUUGUAUGGCAGCCCCAAAAGACUAGAUUACAGUAAAGUUGACUAUACAGAGAAGUCUUUCGGGAGUAAUUUAGUUAAAGACCAAUACAGCUCCAGAUUGACUGGCAACUUGACUCCAUUGGGGUCAAACUCUUCAAUUAUGACUACGCCUUCCCCUCCGAUAACGCCACAGAGUCUGAAUGGUCCAGGGAAUGUGUACCACCCGGAUAGCUACAAUAGUUUUCACUGGCCUGGAAGUUCAGACUAUAUAAGGAGCUACUCGACUUCUCACCACCAUCAGGGUUAUGGACAGAGUGCUUACAAUUCACCGUACUAUCCUAGUCAGAUGGAGUACUUCAACGGCACGAUGAACCAGUCCCACGGAAGCCACUCCCACAACUUGACUGCGAACGGUAACCAGCUUUACAACCAAGUGUCUUUCGGGAACUCUUCCCCGCCAGCGCCUUGGCCGUCACACAACAUCCUCCCCUCGGGCCAGGAAUCCCCAGAAAACCAACCCCAGAACUCGCCACAUUUAAGCAUGCUCCAAGCUUCCCAAAUUACAAAUUUCUCUAACUCGGGCAAUAGCUACUUCGCUCCCGAGAAGUACGGUAUCAAUAUGGUGUAGUCUUCUUAUCUAGUCUUUUUGUAAAUAUCUUUGAUUUCAACAGUAUAUUGGGAUACGUUCGUUUUCGAUACGCGCAGUUUACAAAUUACGCAAUUCUCGUUACAUUUCAAAUUUCUGCAACAUUUUUGCGCAUUUCGUUUUGUCUUCGAUGAAAAUGUUGCAUUUUAUUUGAAAUUUAAGAUGAUUGGGUAUAUACAUAUCAACGCAAAACGAAUGGCAUUCCAAUAAACUGUAAGAUUUUGACUUUGUUCUAUAGAAAUGGGCGUUUAUUUUUACCAUUUUCGGACACUUUUAAAAAUGGCAUCUUUAAGUGCCCAUUUUUAGUAUAACAAAUAGUUUCGGCUUCAAUUUCCAACGAAAACUUCUGGCCUAAGGCUUGACGGCCUAAAAUAUAUUUAAAUCAUCGAAAAUGUAAAUUGCCCAAGUCAUAUCAUUUAACUAUAUCUUUAAGAGACUGGCGCUAUGUUGGCUAUUACUGUGACAAUAGUAGUAAAGCAUUUAAAUGGUAGAUUUGAUUUUACUGUUUUUUAAGUUGAUAUACCUUGACAAACACAAGAAAAACUAGAUUUUACAUUACAAUACUCAUAAAUGACUUAGUGCAAAGUAGUUUAUAUGAAAUGUCACUUUAAUAGCCAUUACGAUGUCAAAAGUCGUUGUAAAUAAUAAAACUAAUGAAUUUUAAUUUUUAAAUCAAUUUGUAAAUGUGUGUGCUAUGUUUGUAUAUGUGAGACGUUAAGCUAAAAUUUGGGGAUGCCAACUUAUUUGACAGACUCGAUAAAAGAAAAAGGCUGUCUUAAAUCGGCUCGAAAUAGCCCUUAGUUAAAUAUUUCUGGCAGUUUUUUAUCGAGAAAUGAUCUCUCAAAUUUUUAGUAGACGUAAUCAAUGUUUGAGAGAUAUAUUAUACUAGUAGAUAUACUUCCAUUAUUUAUUUUAAUAAUAAGAGUUAGUUUGCCAGUUCACUUAAAAUAUUUUCGUUAAGUAUAAUAUUAGUAUUGUUGGAUGAACAGAGUGGCUUUGCCUAUUUCUUAAAAAAAAAACAUUCAUGCAAACCUUGCAAUACUUGUAGCGUCUGUCAAAUACGUGUAAUUUAAAUUGAUUUGACUAUUGUACAGUACAUAAAUGUAUUAACAUAUUUAUAAUAGUUUUUAUUUAGUUAAUAAUAACGGCAGAUUGUAAUUUAUUUGAAAUAUGUAGAAAGUUGCCAUUUCAAUAUUAGAUUGUAAUCUAAUUUCGAAAUUUGAAUUUCUGUAUAUUGUAAUUUCGUUUACAAUGGAUAUUAAUUUGAAAUGUAGGAUCGAAUGUAUCUUUUGUAAUUAGAACUUUGCUUACUAGAUAAGUUAGUUAGUACCGACAGUUCGAUAAAGAGUCAGUGUAUUUUUUUUAGUUAAGUUGUAUUAAUUAAUUGUUAGAUACCUAUUGAAAUAUUAAAUACGAAUAUAUGCAUAUAAAAUACAA